AUGACUGAGCUCACAGAGGCGGACACGAUCCGCAUCCUCGUAGCCACUGACAACCACGUUGGAUACGAGGAGCGCGAUGCCAUUCGCAAAGACGACAGCUGGCGCACCUUUGACGAGGUCUUGAAUGUCGCCCGGAAGGAAGACGUCGACAUGGUGCUCCUCGCGGGCGACCUCUUCCACGACAACAAGCCCUCACGCAAGUCGCUGUACCAGGUCAUGCGCACGCUGCGCCAAAAUUGCCUCGGCAUGAAGCCCUGCCCACUCGAGUUCCUAUCCGACGCCGCCGAGGUCUUUGAAGGUGCCUUUACGCACGUCAACUACGAAGACCCAGACAUCAACAUCUCCAUCCCCGUCUUUUCCAUCCACGGCAACCACGACGACCCCUCAGGCGAUGGCAACUUUUGCUCCCUCGACCUGUUGCAGGCGAGUGGCCUGCUUAAUUACUUUGGCCGCGUGGCUGAGGCGGACAACAUCGAGGCGAAGCCCAUUCUGCUGCAAAAGGGCGAGACGCGGCUUGCGCUCUUUGGUCUGAGCAACGUUCGCGACGAGCGCAUGUUCCGCACGUUCAGAGACCACAAGGUCAAGUGGUUCCGGCCCAACGUGCAGACGAGCGACUGGUUCAACCUGCUGGCGGUGCAUCAGAACCACCACGCCCACACGGCCACGUCGUAUCUUCCAGAGAAUGUCCUCCCGGACUGGCUCGACUUGGUCGUAUGGGGCCACGAGCAUGAAUGCCUAAUUGACCCAACAAAGAACCCCGAGACGGGCUUCCACGUCAUGCAGCCUGGUUCCUCGGUGGCAACUUCACUGGUCCCUGGCGAGGCCGUGCAGAAGCACGUGGCCAUUGUCAGUGUCACGGGAAAGGACUUCAAGGUGGACAAGAUUCCGCUUAAGACGGUGCGACCAUUUGUCACGAGAGAGCUCGUCCUUGCUCAAGACAAGCGAUUCAAGGGCUUGGACAAGAAGAAGGACAACAGACAAGAGGUUACGAGACGGCUGAUGGAGGUGGUGGAUGAGAUGAUCGAAGAGGCCAAUGCGGACUGGGAGGCGAUUCAGACGGAUGAGGAGGCGCUGGAGGAGCGUCCCCUUCCUCUAAUUCGUCUCAAGGUGGAGUAUACGGCGCCCGAGGGCGGGCAAUUCGAAUGCGAGAAUCCGCAGCGCUUCUCUAAUCGCUUCGUCGGUAAGGUGGCCAACACAAACGACGUUGUCUACUUUUACCGCAAGAAGUCGUCGCAGCGCAAGGCAACGGCAGCGACACCGGCGGACGCCCUCGAAGCCAUCACUGAUGAGGGAGACAUGAUCAAGGUUGAAUCCCUGGUGCAGGAUUUUCUGUCGGCGCAGUCUCUCAAGGUGCUCCCACAGGGCCCGUUUGGCGACGCCGUCAACCAGUUCGUGUCCAAGGACGACAAGCACGCCAUGGAGCUGUUCGUAUCGGAGCACUUGACUGGGCAGGUCAAGCAGCUACUCGGGCUCGAAUCGGACGAGGAGGACCUCAACAGCGCCAUGGAGAUUUACCGGACACGCAUCGAGCAUCAGAUGGCGAGCGCUGGAACGAGGCAGUCUCUAGGAGAGAGGAAGCGUGUGCUCCGACCCAAGCCGGACACGUGGGACAGCGACUUUGACGGCAACUGGGAGGAGGAACCAGACGCGUGGACGUACGAGGGCGUGUCGAUGGACAUGACCCCGGCCACAACGCAGGGACGGCCAGGGCGGAGGACGCAGCAGGACGUGGAGAUGCUAGAUGAGGAUGACGACGAUGAGCCGCCCGCCAAGACAACAAAACGGACAGCUGGACGGGGAACAAAGGCCACCACAGCCAAGGCGCCAGCCAAGAAGGCGCCUGCGAAGAAGCCUCCGGCUCGCGGUCGGGGUCGAAAGGCGGUGCAGAGUGACGAGGAACAAGAGGAGGAGGAGGAUGUUGUGAUGGAAUCGGAGGAGGAAGAGGCGGCGCCCCCGCCCAAGCCGGCGGCGCGGACGACGAGACGCGGGCAGAUGCAAGCACAAGCGGCGACGACGAAAGCGGCGGCCAAGCGACCGGCGAGGGGCGCGGCGGCUAAGACGAAGCAGACGAGGCUCGACUUUGGGUCGCAGCGGGGCGCGACGCAGGACAGGGCGCUAGAGAUUAGCGACGACGAGGUCUCGGACGGCGAAGACGCGUUUGAGGCGGCGCCGAUUGCGACGAGGACGCGGCGCCGAUAG